CUGCCUCCUCCUCCUCCUCCUCGCACAAGAGCGUGCUUCGCCAUGGCUUUCGCGACCCGUCCCUUCGUGCGCCUGGCUUCCACCGCAGCCGCCAAGAAGCUGGUGAUCAAGCAUGUGACAGUGGUCGGAGCCGGCCUGAUGGGCUCCGGGAUCGCCCAGGUUGCUGCCGCAACUGGCCACACGGUGGUAUUAGUGGACCAGACAGAUGAAAUAUUAAAUAAGGCCAAGAAACAAAUUGAGGAUAGUCUGAAGAAACUAUCAAAGAAAAAGUUUGCAGACAAACCCGAGGCUGGUGUAGAAUUUGUUGAGAAGACCUUAAAGAAUAUAACAGUGAACACGGAUCCGGUCUCUGUAGUCCACAGCACUGACCUUGUGGUGGAGGCCAUUUUGGAACACUUAACCCCAAAAACUGAGCUCUUCAAGACAUUGGAUACGUUUGCGGCGGAGCACACCAUAUUUGCUAGCAACACUUCAUCUUUGCCAAUCACGGUCUUAGCUAAUGCUACCACCCGGCAGGAUCAGUUUGGCGGUUUACAUUUUUUUAACCCGGUACCUCUGAUGAAGCUUGUAGAGGUUAUCAAGACGCCGAUGACGAGCCAGAAGACUUUUGAGUCUCUCAUGGAUUUCAGCAGAGCAGUUGGGAAAAAUCCAAUAUCGUGCAAGGAUACUCCUGGCUUCGUUGUGAAUCGACUUCUUGUGCCUUACCUGAUGGAAGCAGUUCGGCUUUUUGAGAGGGGAGAUGCAUCAAAGGAAGAUAUUGAUGUUGCUAUGAAACUUGGAGCAGGUUAUCCUAUGGGCCCAUUUGAACUCUUAGACUAUGUCGGCUUAGAUACCAGUAAAUUCAUUAUGGAUGGAUGGCAUUCAUUGGAACCGGACAAUCCUCUCUUUGCUCCAAGCCAACUUCUAAAUCAGUUGGUAGAGGAGAAGAAACUUGGAAAGAAGACCGGUGAAGGAUUUUACAAAUACAAAUGAACUUUGCAACGUGCCAUGUUUUUCUGAUACGCAUAAGGAAAGCUGCUGAGCAUUUCCAUACAGCAUUUGUAAUACUGCUCAACCAGGGCCAUAAAAACCAGUCAGUGCUGUAUCUUGAUUAUAAAGGCUGAGCAAUUUAUUUCCACAAUGUGGUCUUAUGAUAUUUUAAAUCACUGGGAUUUAUUGGGAGCUUUACACAUUGAAGUGCCUUUUUUUUUGGAUCUAAAUACAUCUCAGGUUUAGAAUCCUGCAUCCAACUAGUAGAAAUUUUAAUAUGAAUAAAAUACUUCAAAAUAUA